UGGAUUUGGAAUUGGAAUGGAUAGGGAAUUACUGAAUGGCACUGCAAUCCCAAUUCGCAAUGGUAAUGGUAGUUUUAUUGGAUUUGGAGCUCGAAAUUUUUGUUAUUGAAGAGAUUGUUUGGCCUGAGAAGUUUUCCCACGGCUCUAAAACUUAAUGAAACAAUAACACUUGAUUUGUGGAAUAGGCUAUUGCGUAUUUAGAGUACUGUUAUAUGUCUGAAGUGUAUUCUGUCAAUAUAAUUUCAAAUGAAUUACCUGUGACAUCUGCUGGGUUUCAUUAUAUCAAGGUGAAUUAUUCACAUCAUGGAGGAUUAUAAAUUCUUAUUCAAAGUCGUAUUGGUUGGAAAUGCUGGUGUAGGAAAGACAUGUUUGGUUCGCAGGUUUACACAAGGAUUGUUUCCUCCUGGCCAGGGUGCGACCAUCGGUGUAGAUUUCAUGAUAAAAACCGUUGAAAUAGAUAACGAAAAGAUAAAGCUGCAGAUAUGGGACACCGCAGGACAGGAGAGGUUCCGCUCAAUCACACAGAGCUACUACAGGUCUGCACACGCGCUGAUACUCGUGUACGACAUCAGCUGUCAGCCCACAUUCGACUGCCUGCCGGACUGGCUGCGCGAGAUUGAGGAGUACGCUAGCAACAAGGUGCUGAGGAUACUUGUCGGGAACAAGAUUGACAGAGAGGACCGAGAGAUUCCUAGUCACGUUGGGGAGGACUUUGCACAAAGACACAACAUGUACUACCUGGAGACAUCAGCCAAGGAAGCUGACAAUGUGGAGAGACUGUUCAUGCAGAUAGCAGCAGAACUCAUGGAGCAGGCUAGAUGCAAAGAGCUGCCCAGGUAUGACCAGACCAAUCCUACCAUCAAUGGAAGAACCACAGCCAUCGGAGACUCGUGUUGCUCCCGGCUUUCCUAAGCUCAAUUUCUUUUUCAUGUUCAUGGUAAUCUGGUUGUGGCCUAUACUCAUAAUGUCUUGUACUUGUACCUCACUAGAUAGGAUUAAUUUGAACUGUGUUCACUGAUGUGUCUGGGUUUCUGUGCAUGCGGUCAGUAUGAUAAAGAAAGUUAGAGAACUGUAAAAAAUAAAAUAGUUAAUUCUAUUUAUUGGGCUACUAGGAGGUUAGAUUUAUUGCCCCUACAACCUGUUCUGCUUUCUAUACAAUUAUUCUUACAUUGUAUUAAUUGGCCACAAGAGGAAGAACUAAGAAGUAACUGGUGAUGCAUACAGAAAGUAUGAGAUCAUACCAAUAUCAAAUGAAAAACAAAGGAGUAUUCUAGGGCAUGUAAGUCAUAGAGAACUAAUAUUUUUUUAAGUGUUUACUCAUAGCAUUUUGGAUGAAAUCUAAACCCAAAUAAAAAAUCAAUUUCUCCCCAAAAAAUGCAUUGCAUUUUCAAUUGACAGUUAAAAUAGGGCUUCCUUUAAAUUCUGGCAGGCAAAAUCACAAUAAAUGUCUUAUUCAAACGUUGCUUACACAAUUACAUUUUUGAGAUAUAUUGGCCUUACUUUGAGUCAACUCUAAUCAACAGAUAUUCAAACAAAACAUCUGUUGACUGAAGAUGGUUCUCCCCAGCAAAGCCGGAAUAUCUCAAGAAUGUAAUUGUGUAAAACGACGUUUCGACGUGGUGUGAGUCGGAUUGGAAAUUAUCUCAGUUAUAUCAAGAAUGGCUUUGAGUGCUCUAGCCUUUUGUGAGUGCGAGCGCCGACAUUGUUGCACAACAGUGUCACCAAUAGUUGCCUGUGGCUGAUAGUCUGCAUAUACACCAAUACUCCCCGACCCAGUUGAGGCAGUAAAGGUUGAGCAACUGAUCUUCUACGUGUCAAAACAGCUGAUGACUCAAUUGACGAUAAUGUUCGUUGCUCUUAUUUUGUGCAAGCACACCUUCAAAGUGGUCGUGCUCGUUUGUGCUGACAAAUUUUGUUGCAAAGGUACCGUUGGAAUUGUAAUACAAAUUUGUAAAAUAGUUGAUGUGUUAAAAAUGUUUUAUAACAAUAGAGUUUUUUGUUAUUGGAAUUUAAACAAUGACGGUUAAACAAAACAUUUCUCGACCUAUGUUUAUAGGACUUUUUUGUGUGAUGAGUACUAUCAGCCACAGAAGUUUAUGACAUCCUUUCCUGAACACCUUACGGAGAGUCUAGUGUAUGGACUGUCCCAAUAUUUUACAGGCAGAUGUGAGUCAAACAGAAACACUUUUAUUAUUUUAAUUUUGUCACCAAGUACAUGAAUUUACCGAAAACUACUAUUGGACCAUCAAAUAUGAAACAAAAAUUAAUAGCAAAUAAUUUAGGUGAGAUUCAUUAUCAGAGUCGAGUUUUCAGAUUGUGAAUGUCUGCAAAGCGAAUGACAUAAAGUGAACCAGUGUCAUAAUGUACAGGCUCCUGUGAUAUAGUAGCUUAUGUUACCCGGUAGGCUAAGGCAUUUGUACUUACUGUAUAUAUAGGCACUCGUGGGCUUUUAUUAGUGUUAUGAUCAUUAUAUUAAGCUUAGUACAUAAACUGUGGUUACUGUUAACAUUAUUAUGUUACUACAAUUUUAUAUUUUAAUUAUUUUUAUAAGGAUUUUCGUAUAUUUUCUUGUAGUAGAAAUAUAUGAAGCACGUGUAUCACAAAGUAUUGUUUUUACUUUAAAAGCGCAUUUAAUUUUUCUUAUCUCAAUUUCCAUUUGUAUCAAUUAUCUGGUGAUGUGUUGUGAUCCUAGAUUUAAGUAAGUUUGUUUCUGAUUUAUUAUUUUUGACGUACAUUUUAUGUAUUAGAAUUUUAUGGCUAAAAGCCGAUUAUAUGUGGCAAACAUUAUAGAAAUAUAAAGUAAAUAAUAAGUCUGAUAUGAACAAAGUAGUAUAUGUGUUUAAUUAACAUUUUGUAUCAAAUACGGACAUUGUUAAUUUUUAUGCGUCAAGCAUUAUUUCAUCUUAAUGGUUUAGAUAAAAGUCGUAUCAGUAGAUCUUUGGAAGGUUUAUUUCUAAUAAUAUAAAUUUGUAUUUAUAUUAUUUUUUGGUCAUCUUAUGUAUCUCGUACUGCUCGAACCUCUAUCAGGAUUAUUAGUUGUGAGUCUUAAACAAACCGUUGUUUAUACCUAUAAUUUAGUAUUAAACUAGACGUGUUGUUUUUAAUUGUAGGGCAAUCCAGAGAGCAGAUUAUGUUUUGAUAUAAACAAAAAACAAAAUACAAGACAAAAUUUUCAUUUUAAAGUGACACUAAAAUAAUAUUUUUCAAUAUAUUACCAUACAAAUUUAGGCACUUAUUAUAGCGGUGAACUAGUUUUGGAAUUCCAGUGUUAUAAAAUUCUGGUCCCUAAGACUUAAACCUGGUAGUCACACAAGACUGCAGUUCCACAUCAUUAUCAAAGCCAGGUCUUCAUAGUUGGGAACUGGUGGUAGUCGAUGAGUGCAAGGCGGAUGUGGAAAGCAUCCAGGACUUCUCGAGUCGGAUUUGCCGUGUGUUCAUUUUCUGUACCCAUCUUGCACAAAAUUUAUGGUAACCUUACUUCUGCGUAACAGUUUUGUGUAACAAACUCCUUGAAAUCGAAGGAAGCUAAGUGAAAGUUCUGUUAUUGUGAAUCGGCGGUUUUCUUUAACCUUGUCAUCGACUUUAGAGACAAUUUCAUCGGUCACAAUUCUUGGCCGUCCACAACGUUCGUGAAUAUGAACAUUAGUUCGGCAGCACUGACGCACUCCACCUAAUCACAUUCACAGAGUGGUGAUAAAAAACUCAAUUGGUUUAUUGUGCUUGGCCAUCAAAAACCGUAUUUAAACUGCUAUUGUAAAACAACAAAGAGCGACAGUAAACUCUCACUAGCACGGCUGGUGAAUAUGAACAUUAGUUCGGCAGCACUGACACACUCCACCUAAUCACAUUCACAGAGUGGUGAUAAAUCUCAAUUGGUUUAUUGUGCUUGGCCAACAAAAACCGUAUUUAAACUGCUAUUGUAAAACAACAAAGAGCGACAGUAAACUCUCACUAGCACGGCUGGUGAAUAUGAACAUUAGUUCGGCAGCACUGACGCACUCCACCUAAUCACAUUCACAGAGUGGUGAUAAAAAACUCAAUUGGUUUAUUGUGCUUGGCCAUCAAAAACCGUAUUUAAACUGCUAUUGUAAAACAACAAAGAGCGACAGUAAACUCUCACUAGCACGGCUGGUGAAUAUGAACAUUAGUUCGGCAGCACUGACGCACUCCACCUAAUCACAUUCACAGAGUGGUGAUAAAUCUCAAUUGGUUUAUUGUGCUUGGCCAACAAAAACCGUAUUUAAACUGCUAUUGUAAAAACAACAAAGAGCGACAGUAAACUCUCACUAGCACGGCUGGUGAAUAUGAACAUUAGUUCGGCAGCACUGACGCACUCCACCUAAUCACAUUCACAGAGUGGUGAUAAAUCUCAAUUGGUUUAUUGUGCUUGGCCAACAAAAACCGUAUUUAAACUGCUAUUGUAAAACAACAAGGAGCGACAG